AUGGCUUAUUUCAGCAAUAGCAACAGAGGGGAAAUCCCUGAACUUCAAGCCGAGCUCAACUCCUUAAAGCAAGACCAAAAGCGAGAAGCCGUCAAAAAAGUGAUCGCAGCCAUGACCGUCGGCAAAGAUGUUUCAGCGCUUUUUCCACAUGUCGUGAAAUGUAUGGAAAUCAAUAACAUCGAACUCAAAAAACUAGUCUAUCUCUAUAUCAUCAAUUAUGCAAAAACUCAGCCUGACCUUGCCAUUAUGGCAGUCAAUUCUUUUAGGAAGGACGCAAGGAACCCUCAAAGUCCUUUGAUUCGAGCUUUAGCAGUCAGGACUAUGGGCUGUAUUCGAGUCGAAAAAAUCACUGACUCCCCUCCAUAAACAAACAAAUAAUUUUUAUGAAAAAUAUUUGAUAUAUAAAUGAUAAUUAUUAUAAUGAAAUCUAUAGCUAAUUAACGCUAAUUUUAAACAGCUUUCAUAUUAAAACAUAAAUUUCACAAAUUAAAUUAAUAUUUGCUUUAAAAUUAUUACUAAUAAAUUUAUAUAUAAAUUUUAAAAAAAUUAACCCCAAGCAGAAUUUUUUUCGCUUGCAGAGAGAGGAGUGAGUAUCUCUGUGAGCCCUUGAAAGAUGCGCUGCAAGACCAAGACCCAUAUGUAAGGAAGACAGCUGCCAUUUGCGUUUCUAAGCUGUUUGACAUUGCGCCAGAACUAGUAGAAGACACAGAUUUCUUGAAUUUGCUGCAAUCUGGGCUUAAUGAUGGAAAUGCGUUGGUUCUGAGUAACACUGUAGCAGCACUUACUGAGAUCAGUGAGAUGAGAGGGUCGCCAGUGGUGACGCUAAAUCCUCAGACCAUCAACAGGAUUCUGGCAGCAUUGAACGAAAGCACUGAGUGGGGUCAAGUUUUUAUACUAGAUUUCAUAGCAACUUAUGUCCCUGCAGACUCUAAAGAAGCCGAAAGUAUCCUCGAAAGAGUUGUCCCUCGUCUGGCCCACGCAAACCCAGCAGUGGUUAUGUCAGCUGUAAAAGUAAUAAUGAAAUACCUCGACAUGAUAAGCUCCCCUGACUCCAUCCGCUCUCUCUGCAAAAAACUUGCCCCAAGCCUCGUAACUUUGGUCAACUCAGAACCUGAAAUCCAGUACGUCGCUUUAAGAUGCAUCAAUUUAAUAGUCCAAAAGCGCCCUAACAUCCUCGACAAAGAAGUCAGAGUUUUCUUCUGCAAGUUCAACGACCCAAAUUACGUGAAAAUGGAAAAGCUCGAAAUCAUGAUCAGACUUGCCGACAGCAAGAACAUCGAACAAGUUUUGCACGAGUUCUGUGACUAUGCAACUGAAAUUGACGUAGAUUUCGUCAGAAAAGCUAUACAAGCAAUAGGAAGAUGCGCGAUAAAGCUGGAAAGGUCAGUCGAUAAAUGUGUCCAAGCAUUGCUGGAUUUGAUUAAAUUAAAAGUCAGCUAUGCAGUUCAAGAAAUCAUUAUAGUAGUCAGGGAUAUUUUCAGGAAAUAUCCGAAUAGGUUUGAAAUGAUCAUUAGGGACAUUUUCCAGAGCAUUGACUCACUUGAUAACCCUGAUGCAAAAUCAGCUUUAAUUUGGAUUAUUGGAGAGUAUGCGGAUAAAAUUGAUGAUGCAGGCACACAACUGGCAAGUCUGUCAGAAAGCUUUGUGGAUGAACCAUUGCAGGUCCAAUUGCAAAUUUUGACGGCCACUGUCAAGUUUUUCCUCAAAAAGCCUGAUGAAGGAGAAGCAAUGAUCACAAGUUUACUGAAGACAGCGACUGAGGAGUGCCCAAAUCCAGAUUUAAGGGAUCGUGCUUAUAUUUAUUGGAGGCUUUUAUCGUCUGACCCUGAGGCUACAAAGCAAGUGGUUUUGUGUGAAAAGCCUUUGAUUUCUGAUGCAAGCUAUGUGUUUGAGUCAACGUUUUUGGACAAACUGAUUGAACAGAUGGGGACUUUAGCAUCAAUUUAUCAUAAACCAUAUGAGAACAAAGCUUCAAAGGUAAAAGCUGUGGAACAGGAAGAAGCUGGAAAAGAAGAUAUUGAGACUGAUAAUCCAACGCCUACAGCACAGCCACCAUAUUCUGUAGAGAAUUUGCUUGAGUUUGAUAUAGGUGGUGCACAGCCUAUCUCAGUGCCAAAUAAGGCAAAAGUUCCUCUACAGGUAGUUUUAACUAAAGAAACUCCAGGCUCAAAUCAACAGCAGUACGGCCUGCAAGUAGAAAUGGCAUUUCAAAGAGACAAUGGCAUUGUAUUAGAAUGCAACAUCACUAAUUACACCCAACUAGCACUCACUGACUUUGCAAUGCAGUUCAAUAUCAACCACUUCGGGCUUACUCUGCAAGACCCUCUAUCGAUUGACUCUCUCCUUCCCAACAAUUCUACGACUGCCAAGCUAAGAGUUGCUACAAACAGCCAAAGCUCUCAAGAUAGCCCAGGAGUUCCUUUUAUUGUUCAGAUGGCUAUCAGAUGCACCCUUGACGUAUUUUACUUCCAAACUCCCUGCAUGUUUACCACCCUUCUCACCGAAAACGGCCGGCUUUCGAAAGAAGCUUUUAAAGAGCAAUGAAAAUCGAUCCCAGAGUCCAAUGAGUUCUUGCACAGUCUCCAAAACAUCUUUCCUCAGUACAACACACCAGAUUCAAUCAAAAAUUUAUUAUAGGUUUAGCUGCCAUCAUAUGGGUAACGCAGUCACAAAGAUUCCCUCGAGGAUUCAAUACUUUAAGACGUCCGCUGGAAGAACUUGCUUGAGUUGAUAUGAUGAAUUCGCUUGAUAAGCCAGCUCGAGCACCUCCUUUUCUCUUCUUCACUGCUUGAUGCUGUGACACUUAUGAAGUGUAGUUCUCUGUCUCCGUCUCCUCCUUGCUUGUCGGCCCCAGUUUUGAGUGAGUAGACUAUGGAUUUCUGCUGCAUGCUGCUUGAGCUGAACGAAGGUUGUCCACACAAAAACUUGAAUUUCUGGUCGAUUCCGAAAAAGGAAAAACUAGUACAGAUAUCGAGCUGCUUUACCUGGAGGCUAUGCAGGGUUAAAGAAGCCAUAUUUAUUAUCCAGCGGAUUAAUCAAAAGCCGACUAGAGGCUAACAACGUAUUCCACGUUGCUACAAGAAAAGCAAAAGAUACAAACGAAGAAGUUUUCUAUUUCUCCAGUGAAAUAACUGAUGGCCGAGUUAUCUUAUCAGAACUAAGAAUCCCAACUGCGGCAUCACAAAUACAGAUUUCAUGCAAGGUGCCGUCUACAGCGCUUGCUCCAUUGUUUAUCCAGGCUAUUAACUUCUUGCUUUCAACUAAUAGUUAA